AUGGCGGCACUUGAUCCUCGUCUCUCUCUUCCCCUUCCCCCACAUCCCGUCUUUCCCGGUCCCCCCCGCCCCACCCCUUCCGCCAAACUCCUCUGUUCUCAUCUGUCCGCGCGACCCCUUCCCCCUCCCCGUGUGCGGCAUGCUGGGCGCGCGCAGGUGGAGGGGCGCGUGGUGGCGGAGAUGGGCGCGGGGCUGUGCGUGCGGGUGGAGGGGCGCGUGGUGGCGGAGAUCGGCGCGGGGCUGUGCGUGCUGGUGGGGGUGAUGGCGGGGGACGGCGAGCAGGACUGCGACUACAUGUGUCGCAAGAUCCUGAAUCUGCGCCUGUGGCCCAAUCAGAAGACCGGCAAGGCGUGGGACCAGAGCGUGUCGCAACGAGGCUAUGAGGUACUGCUAGUGAGUCAGUUCACGCUGUACGGCCAGCCCAAGGGCAACAAGCUCGACUUCCACGUCGCCAUGCCCCCGCAGGAAGCCAGCUCCUUCUACAAUGACUUGGUGCACCGCGUGCGCCGGGCCUACCACCCCGACCGAGUGAAAGACGGCAUCUUUGGCGCCAUGAUGGAGGUGCACAUAGCCAACAGCGGCCCCGUCACUCUCUUCCUCGACUCACGCAAGCAGUCAGGCACAGACAGCAAUGGGGGAAAUGCAGGCAACGGGGACAAGGAGGGGCAGUGA